AGACUAAAAUACAAAGAACACUGGAGUGUCUCCGCGUGAGAUCCAUUCAACAACUGGAGAGAUUAAUUAUCAGAUGCUGAAGGGAGAAUGGAUCUUAGGCGGAGACAGUGGUCUUUGUCACCGAUUUUCCUGGCGGCGACAGUCGUGACAUUACUGUUUGAGCUGCAGUUAUCGGCGGCGGCGACGGAGAAUGUGGUAUUUGAGGUUCGAAGCAAGUUCAGCGGGAAAAUAGAAAAGGAUCUUAGAGCUCUCAAAGCUCACGACGCUCACCGUCACUCUAGACUCCUCUCCUCCGCCAUUGAUCUCCCUCUCGGCGGCGAUAGCUGGCCUACUGGUCAAUACUUCGCUAAAAUCGGACUGGGAACUCCAUCAAGAGACUUUCAUGUCCAAGUCGAUACAGGAAGUGAUCUCUUAUGGGUGAAUUGUGCCGGUUGCAUCAAAUGUCCUAGGAAGAGUGAUUUGGUAAAGCUAACACCAUAUGAUUCAGAUGCUUCCUCCACUGCACAGCCUGUUUCUUGUGAUGACAGCUUUUGCUCUUACGUUUACCAAACAUCAAAGUGUCACUCAGGUUCCACUUACGUUUACCAAACAUCAAGGUGUUUUGCACAUUGCUUGGAUAACAAGAAUGGAGGUGGAAUAUUCGCCAUUGGAGAAGUUGUGUCACCAAAAGUGAAGACCACUCCUAUGCUAUCUAAAUCAGAUCAUUAUAGUGUUAGCCUCACUUCAGUUGAAGUUGGUAAUUCAGUUUUACAACUUUCGUCGGGAGAAGAAGUCAUUGUUGACAGUGGUACUACGUUGGCUUAUCUUCCAAACUCUGUUUAUAUGCCCUUAAUGAAUGAGAUCUUGGUUACGCAUCCAGAGCUCACCUUCCAUAACGUUCAAGACCUCCAGGGUUCAUUUAUUUGUUUCCGUUAUACCGACGACAAAUUAGACCGGUUCCCACCUGUCACAUUCUACUUCAACAAAUCUGCUUCCUUGACGGUGUAUCCUCAGGAUUAUCUGCUCCAACUUCAAGGAGACGCAUGGUGUUUUGGCUGGCAAAGCAGUGGAUUCCAGACGAAAGAUGGGAGAGAAUUGUUGAUUCUUGGAGAUAUGGCGCUAUCUAACAAGUUAGUUGUCUACGAUAUAGAAAACCAAGUCAUGGGAUGGACCAAUCACAACUGCUCAGGAGGAAUACAAGUGAAGGAUGAACAAAGUGGAUCAAUCUACACUGUUGGUGCUCACAAUCUCUCAUGGUCCUCUUCUCUAGCCAUUACCAAGCUUCUUACACUUGUUUCUCUCCUAGUUCAUUUCCUCUUUUACCAUUGAUUGGUCAGCCAACAGAUCCUAUCUAAGACUUGCUUUGUAGUUUCAGUAAAACAAAACUAUUGGUCAAAAUAAAAGUUUGGUCCCUCUGUUGGUUAUCAUGUAAAGGAUCUGAUUCCCAUUAUUACAUUAUGGUGAUGUGUU